UGUUUUCCUCUACUGUUAUUAAAAAUGGAUAACGAUUCUCGUUUACGUGAACCUUGUCAUUCCAUUUCGUCUGUCAUAUUUUGAGGAAACUAUAACGUCAUUGUCUGAUUGCGAUUCACGGAUUUGUUCGACAUUUUAUGUCCCGGAGAAAGUGUCUUGCUGAAACGAUGUCGAUCGGAUGCGACUCACGUUUCGCACCAGCCGUUUCCGUGGUAUAUAGCUCCCCACGGGGUUUCGUCGCGCUGUAAUACCGUCGUGAUUUUCGCCAGCGAUAAUACCGUGCCUCUUUAUUAUACGUUGCAAGAUAAACCGGACGAUUUUUCAAGAUGUUGAAGCACGCGGUUGUCCUAGGUGCGAUGUGUUAUCUCGUUACGGCCGAGCCACCGGUCCAAGUCGGUGUGAAGCCAACGAAUGUAAUAGGUAGCCCGGAGCAGCACACCUCUUUCAGCUUCGUCCGACCAGGACUAACGCAAACGUCGUUCGCGUUCGCUGGACCGAGCUCCCAUCAAUCGUUCGCCGCUAGCAUCGGCAACCCUCAGCUAGUGCAAAAAGUUCAUCCGAGUAUCGCCCACGCUCUCGCCCAAAGAAAUCCUGGCCUAGGAUAUUACACGCUCGGUCCUGCUGCGAGCGGGGUCCUUCCAAAUUUUGCGCCUGGCCCGUUGGCGUAUCAGGGUCAGACCGUAGAUCCCGCGCUAACGUACGCGCAACAAUUGCAGCAGCCGCAGCAAGCGUACUUGAACGCGUAUCAGCCGGGCGGCGCGAUUUAUCAAUCGCAAUUGGGGCAACUGCUCGCCCUUCGUCUGGCACAAUUGACGCAAGCUCAGCAAGGACAACUGCACACAAUUCCAUCGGAACAGGUGCCUGACGAGCAAACUCGAUUGCAGCAGGAACAACAAAGGGAACAACAAUCGCAGAAUUUGCUGGGUAUCGCUUAUUCAUCCGCCCCGUCGGUCGCGCGCGUAAAGGUCUCUGGGAAUGGAUACAAGUUCGACUUCUGAAUCUGAAUAUUACGGCACUUGUUGUUAUAAUAAAAAUUUUUUAUUUGUGUAAUUUUUAAAACGUACUUAAUGCAAAAUACGUGCACUUAUAUUUAUUUAUUAUGUAAGAUAUCGUAGAUAAGUUGGCCUCUACAUGUA